AUGCGGGGAAAUUCGGACGCCACAGAGAAUGAGCAAAAUGGCGGCGGUGAGAAAUGCGCAACUUAUUAUCCCGACAAGAAGACGGGAAAAGAGAAGUACGGCAACAUGUUGGUGGAGUUUGUCGUCGAAAAAGAGGAGCCGAUCGAGAAUGUGACAUGGACGGUGUUCAACGUCUCGAACGCAGACGACAAAAAAUCGGCGCCGUUCGAAGUGUACCACGUGCUCGUGCCGUGGUGGCCCGAUCAUAAUUUCAUAAGAAGAUGA